CGCGGGCCGCCGCCGCUGCCGCGUGCUCCAUGCAUCCGGAGCCCGCCCCGCCCCCGAGCAGCAGCAGCAGUCCGGAGCUUCCCCUCGGCGGUGGCAGCGGGAGCAGCCGGAGCCGUCGCCACAGUGCGGACGGGGAGCCCCCGGGGUCUCCGCCGCCGCCCGCCGUCAGCUACCCGGACUGGGUCGGCCAGAGCUACUACUCCGAGGUGAUGAGUCUCAACGAGCACUCGAUGCAGGCGCUGUCCUGGCGCAAACUCUACUUGAGUCGCGCCAAGCUCAAAGCCUCCAGCCGGACCUCGGCGCUGCUCUCCGGCUUCGCCAUGGUGGCCAUGGUGGAGGUGCAGCUGGACGCCGAGCAUGACUACCCGCCGGGGCUGCUCAUCGCCUUCAGCGCCUGCACCACGGUGCUGGUGGCUGUGCACCUGUUCGCACUCAUGAUCAGCACCUGCAUCCUGCCCAACAUCGAGGCGGUGAGCAACGUGCACAACCUCAACUCGGUCAAGGAGUCGCCCCACGAGCGCAUGCAUCGCCACAUCGAGCUGGCCUGGGCCUUCUCCACUGUCAUCGGCACGCUGCUCUUCCUGGCCGAGGUCGUGCUGCUCUGCUGGGUCAAGUUCCUGCCGCUCAAGAAGCAGCCGGGCCAGCCUCGCCCCACCAGCAAGCCGCCUGCCGCUGACAUGGCAGCCAACAUCAGCAGCGGAAUCACACCGGGCCAGGCGGCGGCCAUCGCCUCCACCACCAUCAUGGUCCCCUUCGGCCUGGUCUUCAUCGUCUUUGCCGUGCACUUCUACCGCUCACUGGUCAGCCACAAGACGGACCGACAGUUCCAGGAGCUCAACGAGCUGGCCGAGUUCGCGCGCCUGCAGGACCAGCUGGACCACAGAGGGGACCACCCGCUGACGCCCGGCAGCCACUAUGCCUGAGCCUGCCGGGCCCAGGCACUGAGGCCUGCACGCCCUUCCUUCCUGGUGGCCUUGACCCACGCCAGCUCAGGGGCGCCUGCGCGGGGCCCUGGCUCCGCGGGCACAGAGAGGCAGGAAGAGGCUUUCGAAAAAGGGACUGCACCUUGAGACUUUGCUCAGAGAGAAUAAGCACUUCCUGUUCUUCCAGGGCCAGAGAGAGGACAGAUGCUCUCUUUGUCCCCUCCCUCCACCCCCAUGUCAUUGCCACCCAGAUGCUUCUGUCCCCGCCUCCCUCCCCACUUGGUGGUGUGUAUGUGUGUGUGUGUGUGUGUGUGUGCGUGCGUGUGCGUGAACAUAGAAAUAUACUACUAAGGGACACCUCC